GGCGUUCCAUGGUUCACAAAAUUUGAAAAGCAGGCACAGGACACAGACAGGUGGAGCUGGGGGAGAACUAUAGAAAUGCAGAGAAACAAGUGGAUGAAACAUGUUGAAGAAAAUCCAUCUGAAAGUGAUGCAGAAUGUGGGAUUUUGUUUUCAACAAGUCCUGAAGAGAAGAUGACCCAAGAGAAAGUUCGGAGGGACAAACGCAGAAGGAAGAUAGAGAGGGAGCUAUUUGAAACAGAGAAGACAUAUCUUGGGCAUUUAGAACUUAUACAGAAGUACUUUGACUUUCCUCUCAAGUUUGCCUGUAUCAUCUCGGAUGAUGCUCAUGCUCGCAUCUUCAGCAACAGUGAACAGAUCUAUGGUGUCAACCAGCGUCUGUUUGAGCUCAUGGAGCAGACCACUGUCGGCCAGGCCUUUCACCACCUGGGUCCGUUCCUGAAACUGUACUCCACAUAUGCCAACAACCACGAACAGGCAAUCAGCACACUGCAGGAGUGGACACAGAAGAAGCCUGAAUUUGCAGAUUACAUUAAGCGACAAGAGUUUAGGCCAGAGCUGAAAGGUCUCAAGUUGAAUGCUUUGUUGAUAACCCCAGUCCAGAGAAUACCCAGGUACAAGAUGCUCCUGGAGGACCUGUUACAGCAUACACCGGAAGAUCACCAUGAUCACCAUCACCUGGCAGAGGCCACAAGACAAAUAGCUGAAAUUGCAUCUCACAUCAAUGAACACAUCCGGCAGCAUGAGAACUUCCAGAAGAUGCUGACUAUACAGAACAGUUUCGACAGCUCGGCUCCCAGGAUACUUGCUCCUGGCAGGAUCUUCAUCAAAGAAGGGCCCCUCAACAAGGUGGCCAGAAAGGGAGGCAGGUCCCAUGAGCGUAUGUUCUUCCUGUUCUCGGACAUCCUGCUGUAUGGCAAGCCCAAGCUUCUGGAUGGUGGUAGUCGCACCUACAACUGCUGCUGUGUCCUGCCUCUCAAACAUUGUCAGAUCCACCCAGUUUUCAUCCCUAACACAGCUCACAAAGAUGGAGGGGGAAUGUUUCAGGUGACCUGUAAGGAUGAGAGUCUACUGCUGUACUCUGAAGACCAACACAACGCUAAAGCAUGGAGUGAUGCUCUUGAGAAGGCAGUCAUGAAGCUGUGUACUGACCGGCAGACUCUACGGAAACCCAGCAGUCACAAGAUGCCACUGAGGGGACGGUCUAUCAGAAAACAUCUACAGAAAGAAAAGAAAUCUGAUCCACUGAGAGCUGCAAAGAAAUUUGAGGCUCUGGUUGAGGAAACGGACUGUUCACCACUGAGAGAGAAACUGGCGCCAGUGAAGGACCGUAUCCAGUCGUGGUAUGAUGAGGAUGUUGGUACAUGUCUAUCACCAUGGUCACCAAGAAAACAACAGGAGAACAUGGAAAAUGAGGACAUUCACAACAUUUCAGAUGAUGUCUUCUCCAACAGAGCUUUCAGUAUGCCAUGUUUCCCAGAAGACUCUCUGUCUAACUUUGAGGACCCCGUUCCAAGUGUCAGGUCCGAUUCUCAGCUCUCUGAUGGUGAGAGAUGUCGACCAAUGUCAGAUCCUGGCAUGACAUUACCUGCAGUCUUUGACAGAUACGCCGCGUCACAACCCUCCCCUCACCAAUCCUCCCCUCGCAGGGGAUUAAACAGUCGUUUGAGGUCUUACAUUCAGAAGCCACUACAGAGACUUCUGCGAGUACGACACAAUUUACGGGGAGCCUGCAGUCCCUUCAGGACCUCGUCAGAGCCCUCUACAGGCUGCAGCAGUCGACUGUACUCUAAAUGACCUGACCAAUUCUACAUCGUUGAUUAUGGUCGGGAUAGAUUGUCAGUACAUUAUGUGUGAUAACACAAGAAAUUUGCUCAUACAGUUUUGGUGAAAAAUGAACUUUAUAUGAUGACAACAUUUUCUAAACUUUGUGGGUGAUAUUAGUGCAUCUUAUAGUUAUAGACUUCACACUUGUGAAAGAAAAAAAACAAAAGGAAGAGAUCCCUUUUUUAUUCAACAGUGCAUUAACAAGAGUGUUAUUUUAGGACAAACAUUUAUGAAUUAACUGAAUUCUGCUGAAUGUAGAACAGUAUGGAGUAUAUGUAUUCAGUAUAUACACACAGUAUAUAUCACACAGUAUAUAUCACACAUUUACAGGACCUACAGUGAUUAUCUCCCUUCACCUCAGUAUAUUGUUGUCUGUGGUUCAAACAGAGACUUUUUACCAAAUGUUUUGCUCAAUACUUAAGUAUUUCAUUCAUAUUGUACAGAGUGAGUGAGUUAAGUUUUACGCCAUACUCAGCAAUAUUCCAGUUAUAUGG